AUGGGGCUAUCAACAAAAUAUCAUGAAGAUGAAAAUUUUCGAUUGAACGUCAAAAAAUUAAUUGCUUUGGCUUUUCUCCCUGUGCCUAAUGUGAUUGCUGACUUUUAUCAGAUAGCAGGUGAAUUCGACGACGACUCUGAUGACCUUCUCAAUUAUUUUGAAAAACCGUGGAUCGGUGAACCAAGAAGAAGCGUAGCACAUCAACCAAAAGGUCGAGGGCGUCCUAAACGACAGGUUCCAGAAACUAGGUCUUUAUCAGAUGACAGUUCAUCAUCAACAAUACGAAAAGCAACACCGACUGCAGACAAUGUGCCGAUGCUUAGUGCAUCGGCUUAUAAGCGUGGCUGA